UCAUUAUUAUAACACAUGCAUGAUGUAUCUUUCAUUUCAUUUGUAGAUUCAGCUGUUUUCUUUGAAUUUUGUAUGAUGAGCAUUUUGUCUCUUGGUUUUGGCCCUUUGUAUAUAACAGAUUCUUUCAUGUGAUCACUCUCCCAGCUAGUUUCUUCAAUGAAUUUCAGACUACAUGGCAUUUUUUAUUCCAUUGGUAGAGAGUCUUGUAUGUACUUGUGAAUCGGGUUGGUUUUCUGAGCAUGCAAUAAUGUGGCCAUGAUAUCUCUCUACAGAAACAUAAUACAGGUAAUGGAGCAAGAGAAUAUCAAGAGGAAGAGAGGAAGAGAGGAAGAAGAAGAGGAGGUGAAAGAGGAGUCCUCAAAUAAUAAAUCUACAAAGAUGCAAGCUGAUCAUCUUAGUCACCCACGUAGUGUAAGGAACGACAUCAAAAUCGAAAGGAGAUCAUGCAACCAUGAAGAGGACAGCAACACCAGGAAUGAAAUAACCGGAGACAACAAUUUCGCACUUGGGGUAUUUGAUUUCCCCUGGCUGAAAGAAGAAGGCAGCAGCAUGAUCUCAAAGGCAGACGAGGAGGAGUGGUGUUUAGAGGACACAAUAUUCUCCUCAUCUCUCUAUUACAGUACAACAUCUGCCGCUGAAUUUUCUGGACAACACUUGUGGGAAACCACUCCAGAAGCCACGUGCAUUGGAUCAUGCAUAGACGUUCCGGUGGACAAGUUUGAGGAGAUUAAUGCUUGGUCAUUGGAAAUGGAGGCUACUGUUGAUUGAACCUCGGCCUCCCUGCUCCAAAACAAAAAUGGUGCCUAGUCCUAGCUUAGCUAAUCACUGCAAAGUUUGCAUUUGCAUUGCAUGCACACAACCCACUAGGAAAUCUUGAUGGGUUUUUCUUCAUUCCCUAGCAUUGCAAACCCAGUAGACAGCUGGUCCUGUUUGCAAGUGUGUCUUGUUGGGAGUUGAUUUUUAAAGUAUUUUUUAUUAUAAGUGUGGCAAAUUUUGCUUUUAAAAAUCAUUUAUAUAUUAAAAUAAUAUUUUUUUUAUUUUUUAAAAUUUAUUUCUACCAUCAAAACAAUCUAAAAACUUUUAAAAAAUUAAAUUAAAAAUCAAAAAAUCAAAAAAAAAGUAAUCAAAUGAAGCCUAACAAGAUACCAGACUUCAUGGUACAUAUAAGUUGCUCAUAUUGGGCUUCUACCUUUAUUUUCUAAAGUUUCUUGGUGUGUGUAUAUAUAUAUAAACUGAGAUUGAUAUCGUUGAUUGCUUGAUUGCUUAUAAAUAGUCUUGCCAAUGAAUGAAAAUGACCUUUGUUGGUUAUGGACAAAAUUAGGAAACGAGAGAGAGCUGAAAAUAGCUUAAUUUGUUCAUGGUGAGAUUCUCUAUAUAUUUUGAUGCCAUAUAUUUUCCAUCCUUAUUGUA